AUGCUCUCACGUGUUGCUGCUGUCAAGGCACCCCGCACACACAACCGUCGCCGCGUGACCGGAUCCAGCGGCAGGAGGAGGGAAGGGAGAGAGAGUGAGCGGCAGAGGCCCAACAUGUCCCGGCGUGUGUUUACUUCCGCGGUGCUGCUCCUCUUUGUGAUGAUGUGCUGCAACACUGGUGGGGCUGCAUCCACUGAGAAGACGCUGACAGAUUCGGAAAUUCCAAAGAGGAAAUUGUUUGUUUGGAGAGACACGACAGAUGAGGGAACGGUGAAUUUGCUCUUUUUUCCCAGUCUUGUUCAGGUGAAUGGUGAUGUGUUUGCCGUUGCCGAGGCGCUGUUCACGAAGGAGGUAGGAGGCGUUUUUGCUGGCAUUGCCUCGGAGCUCCUGGAGUGGACUGAUAAACAAACAAGCAAGGAGUUGGAUAAAAAUAAAAUGAAGACACAAGUACUGGGGGAAUGUCCUUCUGGAAAAGAGGGAUGCCCCGACCAGGCAGUGGAUCGGUCUGGCUUCGAAAGCGGAGCGCCAGUACAUGUGGAUAAACCAACAACAGUUGUGCAUGGAAGUGAUGUUUACAUGCUUGCUGGAAUGUACGACCGUGCAGUUGCCAUUGCUGCUGAGGACGAUAUAACGGAUGAAUGGGGACUUUUGCUGGCGAGAGGGAACGUCAGUGUUGAUGAGGAUGGCCGUAACAAAAGAAUUUAUUGGACUGAUGUUGACGCUCUCCCGAUCACUUCUAAUACCGAACAAUAUGGAUAUGUGACAGCACCGCUUGGGAGCGGUGGAUCGGGUGUUAAGAUGGAGGACGGUACACUUUUGUUCCCUAUGGAAGCCGAGGAGUAUAGGACGGGGAAGGCGGAUGAAGAAAAUACAGCUGGGAUGGGAUACACUGUCUCACUGUUCAUAUACUUCCCGGAUAAUAAGAGUUGGAAGCUGUCGAAGGGGAUGUCUGCCGAUGGCUGCGGUGAUCCCUCCGUCGUGGAGCGGGAGAAGGGAAAACUCAUGAUGAUGACUGCGUGUGAUGGUGGCCGCCGCAGGGUGUACGAGUCCGGUGACAAGGGGGACUCGUGGACGGAGGCACUCGGGACACUCUCGCGCGUGUGGGGCAACGACGAGGGAUCUGAGAAGGGCGUUAAAAGCGGGUUCAUCACAGCGACGAUUGAUGAUAAUAAAAAAGUGAUUCUCGUUACUCUGCCGGUGUAUUCGAGUAAGGAAGAAAAAAACGAAAAGGGUGAACUCCAUCUUUGGCUGACGGACAACACGCACAUUGUUGAUAUUGGGCCGGUAUCUGAGGAAGAUGAUGACGUCACCACCAGCUCCCUGUUGUACAAAGGUGGAGAUAAUAAUAAUCAGGAGGAGUUGAUUGCACUGUACGAGAAGAAGAAGAAAGUUAAUCACAAACUAUCAAAUGAUAUGGUUACUGUGCGUCUGACUGCGCAGCUGCAGCGGGUGAAGGAGGUGCUGGCGACAUGGAAGGAAGUGGACAAACGUGUCUCCAAGCUGUGUGCCACUUUACUUGCUCAGGAGGUUACCUCACCUGACACUGCCUGCACUACUGUUAAGAUCACGGAUGGGCUGGUUGGCUUUUUGUCCGACAACUUCUCUGAUAACACAUGGAUGGACGAGUACCUUGGAGUGAACGCCACAGUAAAUGAGAAUGUUAGGGCGGAGAAGGCGGAUAACGGCGUGACUUUCAAAGUUCUUGGCGCAGGAGCGGAGUGGCCCGUUGGCAGGCAGGGGGAGAAUCAGCUGUACCACUUUGCGAACUACAACUUCACUCUUGUGGCGACGGUGUCCAUCGACGGUGAGCCGACGGAGGGUAAUAUUCCAUUGUUGGGUGCGAGUCUGGACGGUGAAGGAGAAAAAAAACUUAUGGAGUUGUCAUACGACAGUGAAAAGAAGUGGAUAUUACUGUGCGGUGGCGGACAGAACAGGGAACACGGCAGCACUUGGGAGAAAGAGAAAACUCAACACGUGGUAAUUUUGUUAAGGAACGGCAACCAGGGCUCCGCGUACGUCGAUGGUGAGCGUGUGGGUGAGGAUGCGCAAUGUCAAUUGGAAAAUAUGAAUUCGAAAGAGAUCUCACACUUCUACAUUGGAGGGGAUGGAGACAGUGCAGGGAGCAAAGAAGACGUGUCUGUGACCGUGAAAAACGUCCUGCUGUACAACCGCCCGUUGAGCUCUGAAGAGAUUGGCGCUUUUAACCCGAAUAAAGAUCCAAUUCAACUAUUGGAAGAGAAGCCGACGACGCCUUCAACAGUUUCUUCUGAUUUCGUUGUACCUCUCACUCCUCUGGUGACCCCGAAUGAUGAGCAAACCGAAACUCCUUCUACUCCUACCGGAACACAGCUGACGGAACAGGGACAGCCGAUGGGGAGCAGUAAAGGUGCGGGCAGUGGCGGUGCAUCCGCAUCAGCGGUGUCCACUGUCAGUACUUCCUCAGCAGAAGAGGACUCCGUAGUGCAGGUGACGUCAGGAACAUCUCCCGAUGGAACUCAAACGAUGGAUGCUGCUUCCUCGCCUGAUGGUAACACAGCGGUGGAGACAGAAGCUCGAAAUACGGUGCAAGGGGAUGGAUCACCGCAAAUUCCUGUGGGUAUCUCUGACACAGCAGAUGCAAAUACUCCCACCACUGAGGGCGAGGGGCAAGAUGGACCCACAGUGAAUCCUGAGGCGGGCGCGAGCUCUGGUGAGAAUGGGGAGCCAACGGAAGAAACAAACGGCCAGGAGGAAGAGGUCCAUCCACAGGAAAGGGAAUUAAAUGCUGCAGCACUCAGCAGCAGCCUCGGAAAUGUGUCGCAGGGGAAUAACACCGAUUCCGGCACUGUGCGUGGGAGCGGACUGCUGCCAUCGCUGCUGCUUCUCCUGUUGGGACUGUGGGGGUUUGCGGCUCUGUGA